UCGCGUCCUCCCUCUGUUUGCCUGAUGAUUCCAGCCUCACUGAAGACGCCCUUAGCAACAAUAUGCAACGCCGUCAAAUAAGAUACUCUCUAGUCUGAAGAAGGAUUUAACGGCACAGCUUUGCUGCACUCACAUCCAAGUGAAGCCUUACGCGAAGAGGAGCCGCUGUUUGUUUUCUGCCGCGAACAUGGGGGCUUGUGUACAGCUAGCGAGCUAGCUUGCUUUUUUUUUUCUCUCUCUCUCUCUCUCUCUGAAGACGAACGAAGCAGCCCCUAGCUGUCCCGAAGGAGGACAAAUCCUGGGGGCUCGACGUGUGGUUGCAUCGCUGUCUUGCUAACGACCAAGUCGGCCAACCGGGACGGGAAUGGUGCUCUGGAUCGACUCAUUGUUCUGUCAGAGAAAGGCGAGGGGCACGCGGGCCAGAGCAACGAGUAUUUGGACUCAAACUACUUUGAGCAGAGGGAGCGGCUCCCGUCCGGACGACUGUUUUUGUGGCUGCGCGAGCUAGCCCACUUGCUAGCUGAGGAAAAACGACCCCCACCGCCCGUCGAGAGUUUCCAGACUGCUGGGGAAGGCUAAUGUUAGCCGGAGAGAGUCUGAAAACACGACUCUGGCUUUUUAAUAAAACAACGACGAAUCACUGUUAAAGUCGAAAAGAGUUACUUAAACCCCAAGGAAGGAAAAGAAAACAAGUUAGACGUUAUAGCUAAAAGAUAUAUAGACUUAUUGUGAACUUCUUGUAAACACUUAAAUUGAGGUUUUAAAUGCGGUUAGCUGAGUUUGCUAGGUGAUUUGAACUUUUUUCUCUCUUUUUAAUUCGGGAUUUUUUUUUUAAACUUCGGAUGCUGGCAUCACAAAUUAAUUGCAAUCAUGAUGAUAAUAAGCAGAAAACCGGAGGGCCCAAUAGCAACAGCACGCCAUGGUGACGGCCUGUACGACUCUUACAUGAGGACAGACCACAUCCUUAAAGAAGAAGCAGAUACGAACAGCCCAUCUGGGCUGCCCCCGAUGCCCAAACACACAGUCGUCAGUAACAAAGUUGUAAUGAGGGAUCAGGUGGCUUUGCGAGGUGGCCAGCUGAAGGUCAAGUACCUGUACGAAGACUCGACCAAUAACCGAAAGAUCAACGCCAUAGCAACAGCAACCACUCAGACCGGUGGCAGCACAGGCCACACACCCAUUAAAUCGGCCCCAGUCUCCAGCCUGUCCAAGGAGCUCAGCGUGGACAGCACCGAGUCUGGUAAGGGCUCCAGCGAUUCCUCUGGCCCACAUGGAGCCGGAAAUGGAGGCAGUGGCGGCAAGCUGUGUGGCCCGCUCACUCCCGACCAGGCUUUGAGACUGUACCGAUCCCAGCUCAGCCCCCUGGAGCAGACAGAGAUCCACUCCUACCCAGACAUCUACUUUGUGGGACCCAGCGCCAAGAAGAGGCCCGCCAUCGCUGGAGGCAACAACAACUGUGGCUACGACGACGAGCAGGGCGGCUACAUCCACGUUCCCCACGACCACCUGGCCUACCGCUACGAGUUCCUGAAGAUCAUUGGAAAAGGUAGCUUUGGCCAGGUGGCCAAGGUGUACGACCACAAACUGCAGCAGCACCUGGCUCUGAAAAUGGUGCGCAACGAGAAGCGUUUCCACCGGCAGGCGCAGGAGGAAAUCCGCAUCCUGGAGCACCUGCGCAAGCAGGACCGCAACGGCGCCAUGAACCCAGAGAACAUCCUACUGAAGCAGCAGGGCCGCAGCGGCAUCAAGGUGAUUGACUUUGGCUCCAGCUGUUUUGAACACCAGCGGGUGUAUACCUACAUCCAGUCCCGUUUUUACCGAGCCCCAGAGGUGAUCCUGGGCUCCCGUUACGGCCUCCCAAUUGAUAUGUGGAGCUUCGGCUGCAUACUGGCCGAACUGCUGACUGGCUACCCCCUGUUUCCCGGGGAGGACGAGGGUGACCAGCUGGCCUGCGUCAUGGAGCUUCUGGGCACCCCUCCGCAGAAGGUCCUGGAGCAGGCCAAAAGGGCUAAGAACUUCAUCAACUCAAAGGGCCACCCUCGCUACUGUGUAGCCAACACCCUGCCAACCGGAGCCACUGUGCUGACGGGGUCUCGUUCACGCCGCGGCAAGAUGAGGGGCCCACCGGGCAGCAAGGAGUGGAGCGCUGCGCUCAAGGGCUGCGAGGACCCGACCUUUACUGACUUCAUAAAGAAGUGUUUGGACUGGGAUCCCUCAUCUCGACUCACCCCCAGCCAGGCCCUCAGACACCCAUGGUUGUACCGCCGGCUUCCCAAGCCCCUGCCUGGGACGGAGAAGAGCCAGGCCCCUACCAUGAAACGACUCCCUGAGCACCACAGCACCUCCUUCCCCUCUAUCCUGGCAAAAGGGGGGCCUGGCCUAGGCACCACAGCUGCCGGCAACAAACUGAGGAGCAACAUGAUGGGAGAUUCAGGGGAGGCCAUACCUCUUCGCACAGUCCUACCUAAACUUGUCUCCUAGUAGAGAGAGAGUCCCUUACCUCCUCUCGCUCUCCACUUCCCCCUCCUACGCACUCCUCGGGAGGAGUCGGAGUACUGGAGGCAGUGGUUUUAAAACUUUUUUUUGUUUCUUUUAUUUGUUUUCUACUGAGAGGUGUCGACACCCCAGUUCCUGGUUUUAAUAUUAGCUGAACAAAGAGAGAGAAAUCAUAAAGGAAGCAUUAAAGAUUUUCUACGGAGGAUUUCCCAGAGUGGCUGUGGAGUUUCUGCAUACAGCCAGCUGAUAGGUUUGAUUAGACGAUGCUUUUUUAAAACCUUCCCUGUGUGAGUGGACAGCUUUGCAAAUGAGAUGUUUCUGACCCGUGCUUGUUCUCACGCGAGUGUUGCAUGUUUUAGCCACACACACUCGAGCACACCUCCACCGUCACCUCACACUCGCUCUCACACGCUCGCAGGAACCCCGACGUUCUCAUACCCGUGAAACUCCAGAAGGGCUACAGACAUUACUGCUGUCUGGUCAAUGUUAGCAGGUGUCCAUAUUUAUUCAGUCAAAACAAGUCGAAUUAUAAAGUCACGCUUUAGCAUUGCGAGACCAUUAUCCCGUACACAGCAUGGAAAACAGCAUGAAUACCUGGAAACAGGUUCCGCCGGUUUGGCUUCCUUUGGACUGAAUAACUAGGGCAACUCACCAGCGAGUCUUUACUUCCGCCUCGGCUUUUGUCUCACUGUGUCCGUCUCCCCGCCUCUCCCGACGCAGAUUAGUGCGUCCCAACGCUUUCACCUUUGAGAUGCUACCGUGGGACACCUCGACAAAAGGUCAGGGGGACUACCUAUUUACAGCCCUCCUUCCACUUCACAAAAGCAGCACCACUGAAACUCUGCCCCAGAGGUGCCACCAUCGCGCCCCGUGUUCCCAGCCGCUUUACGAGGGCCUCGGCCUGGGGCCCGCUUAAACACUUAAACUGAUAAAUCCAGGGAGGCUAGGAAAGCUGCAGGUCAGUGCCCACAGAGGCCACGUGCCGGUGGCCAGGAAUGUAGUUUGGAAGUUUGCGUGUCACGUUUGCUCCUCCCUUUGACAGGCCGGUAGCAAUGGUAGUCCAAGUGGAGGAAUAGUGCCAGGUGGGUAAAAUGAAGAGCAGUACGUUCAAUGUGAGCCAGGUUCCCUUUUCUUUUUUUUCUUUUCUUGUUGUUCUUUUCCCCUCUGCGGGAGGUGUAGCGGUCAGGCCAGUGACAAAAGGAGGAAUCCUGCGGUACUGAAGAGUGAAGUGUUUCUCAGGGAGACAUACUUGAUACAUCCCUCAAACCCACAUUUACAUCGACAUGCAUGCAGUUGUGUCCAGCCAGAGCCAGAGAUUGCGUUUCCCGUUCUCAGCGGAGGGAGAAUGCAUGCGCCACCGUCUGACCUAAAUUCAUUCUCUGCCCCCCCCCACCCCUCACCCUACCCCACAACUGUCUCUUUCUCUCACUCUGUCUCAUGUAGGGCAGGGAACCUCUUUAAUACACAUGAAUAAUGAAUUAUGGUGCUGUCCAAAGCGCGCGCACGCACACAGACGCGCACUGAGACACGUCAGGUGCAUGUUGAUGUGGACCACACCAUUCAAAGAGUUCUUUCUCUUGUCCCUCAUUUUCUACGUAAAACUGUCAGGGAUUUCUACUUUGUCUCCUUUCUUUUUUUUUUUUUUUUUUUUUUUUUUUUUUUUUAUAGAAGUGGUUUCUAAUGCUUUUCACUCCAGAAUAUCAGAUGGAUGUAAAACGGAAAAGCAGACGCAGGAGAAAGCCGUAUACUGUCAUGUUGUAAUAGUGGUGUGAGUUAGUAAGAGGGUGUUUGAUGUUCAGCAUGAGAUCGCAACCUGUUAUCCGACUGAGUGACUACCAGAAGAGAAACUGUACAGUAACCAAAUGAAGUUGUGAUAGUUUCUUUUUCUAAAAAAUAAAAAUUGCUGUUAAAUGACACA